UCUUCUGAGUCGCGUGCACAGGCCGUCUCAGCCAGCGUGCGGGUGUGUGUGUGUGUGAGGGUGAUAAGAGCACUGUGUCCUGGAGGGCCUCACACGUCUGGUGAUUUCUCUCUAGUGCAGAACGAGUAGAGACACGUGCUGGCCCGGACCGGCCCGGACUGAACACACACGGCUACGGACAUGCGCAGCUUCAGCGCUACACGGAGGUGGGCGUGGCAGCGAAUGAUGGCGGAGUGUAUGACUCGUCUUGUUCUCCUCGCCAUGCUGUGUGCUCCUGCUCUCACACAGCUGGAUUUAAACAGACUUGAUGGCGACACCGUGUGCCCACCAAUGCAGAACGGACAAGAUGACCUUCCAGGCUUUGACCUGAUCACACAGUUGCAGUUGGACGCCACAUCGCUGAAGGGUGUGAGAAAGGUGGAAGGCUCCACGUCCAGUCAGUUGGCAUACAGACUUGACCGUGAGGCUAACUUCCAGGUCCCCACCAGACCGACAUUCCCCAGAGGCUUUCCGACAGAGUACUCGUUCAUGACUACAUUCCGCAUGAUCAAGAACACCGUGAACAAAGUGUGGAACCUGUGGCAGGUAGUGGAUGAGGAUGGCGUGAAGCAGGUGGGGAUGCGUCUGAAUGGAGACCAGCAGGCCCUUGAGUUCUUCCUCACCACCUUGGAUGGAGACCUACAGACUGUCACCUUCCCCGGCCUCUCUGUCCUCUUCAACACCAAAUGGCACAAAAUCAUGAUAGCCGUAGAGAGCGAGAUGGUUACACUGUACGUGGACUGCCAGCCUGUCGACCAGAAGCCUAUUAAGGACAAGGGCUACGUCAGCACAGAUGGAGAGACGCUCUUCGGGAGACUGGACACAGAUCCCAGCAGCUCUGUGGUGUUUGAGGUUCAGUGGAUGCUGAUUCACUGCGACCCAAAGAGACCUCAGAGAGAGAGCUGCACUGAACUUCCUGUGGCCGAGAUGUAUGCCAAUGCUGAGCCCGACCCCAAACCGAUCCCUGGGCCUGCUGGACCACCAGGUCCCGCAGGACCUCGGGGACCUACUGGAGAAGACGGUCGCGAUGGUAGAGAUGGUAUUCCAGGAACUCCAGGCACUCCUGGUGCAACUGGCAGCAAAGGGGAAAAGGGUGAAAUUGGUUUGCCCGGUCAGAGAGGACUACAAGGACUUCCAGGACCCAGUGGGCCAAUGGGGCCGAUGGGACCGAGAGGACCGAUUGGGGAAAGAGGUCUGCAAGGUUUCCCAGGUCCAGCUGGACCCCCUGGACCCGAGACCACCGGAGCGCCUGGACCUCCUGGUAAGCCCGGUAUCCCAGGAAACGAGGGCAACAUUGGGCCCGAGGGCCAACCUGGACCCAGAGGAUCCAAUGGGCUUCCAGGACCUCCUGGCCCACCCGGACCCCCCGGCCCACCUGGGACCGGUGGGAAUCCAGAAGGAAGCGGGGAGACUUGUCAGACUGUAUGCCCGACCGGACCUCAGGGUCUCCCAGGCCUUCCAGGAAUCAAGGGACACAGGGGUCUCCCGGGAGCAGAUGGACUUCCAGGUAUUGCCGGUGAAAAGGGUGAUCGAGGAUCAGUAGGAGAGCCCGGUCCUCCGGGACGUCCAGGAGAAGAUGGUCAGAGAGGGCCGAUCGGAUACCCUGGAGAACACGGUGAUAAAGGAGAUCGGGGUCCCCCAGGUUUUAACGGCAUUCCCGGACCUACAGGACCUCCUGGAUCUCCGGGUGUCGAAGGUAUCCGAGGACGCGAUGGACCUCAGGGGCCUAAAGGUGAUGAGGGUGCAGCAGGUUCUCAAGGUCCUACAGGUGCCACCGGUCCUAAAGGAGAGACUGGUAACCCAGGCAGAAAUGGACAGGAUGGAGAACCGGGUCUUAAUGGAGAAAAAGGAGAACCGGGACUGCCUGGAGCUAGUGGACUCAGAGGCAUUGUAGGAAUUCCAGGUUUACCAGGAAAGCAGGGGAUUGUGGGACCAGUGGGUCAGAAGGGUGAGAUUGGAGUUGAAGGUCCACUGGGUCCCAUUGGUCUUCCUGGGAAACCAGGGGAACAGGGAGUUCCUGGAGAUGACGGGCUGCCGGGAGCUAAAGGAUCCACGGGGGAACCAGGAAAGCCGGGUGCGAUCGGGCCGACGGGUCUUCAGGGAGACCCGGGAGAGAAAGGAGACCGUGGGGUCAUGGGUCCUCAUGGGAUCAAAGGUCACAAAGGUCACAAAGGAGAUCAGGGUGCUGUAGGUCCAGUUGGUCAAAAAGGAAGUGAGGGAGCUCCAGGUAUCCCGGGCAGUACAGGAGGUAAAGGUGACCAGGGUCCUUCAGGCAUUCCUGGAAUCAAGGGAGAUCGAGGAGAGAAAGGACAGAGAGGAGCGACCGGUGCUGAAGGCCGUCCAGGACAACCAGGACACGAGGGACUCAUGGGACCUCAGGGACCCCCAGGCCUGGAGGGGGACAGAGGAAUACAGGGACCACCGGGACCUCGAGGACUUCCUGGUCCUAAACUGAACGAUGAGAAGAUUCGUCAGAUCUGUUCCGCUGUGGUUGAAGAACAUCUGGAUGCUUAUAAGAAAGAGCUGGCGAAGAAGCCUUCACCCCUCGGUGCCCCGGGUACCCCCGGGCCUGCGGGUCCACCCGGACCACCUGGACCUGCUGGGGCUGCUGGAGCCUCUGGAACCAUGGGACCUCCGGGCCCUCAGGGGCCUCCAGGGUUCUACGGGUUACCCGGAAAACAAGGACCCAAAGGUGACUCUGGGCCAAAAGGAGACAAAGGAGAUAAUGGUGUUGGAGUUCAAGGGGCUCCUGGAGAGCCAGGUGUUCAAGGACCUCCCGGGAAGCCCGGCAUCGGUAAAGACGGCCAGAACGGCGCCCGAGGAGAAGCGGGCACUCCGGGUAUCCCAGGCACGCCGGGCAGCAGAGGACCUGCAGGUCCACCCGGCAUGUGUGACCCCUCAGACUGCUUCAGACCCCAGCCUCUUUACAUGAUGAGCGGGAAGAAGCCCAUCAGCGUUAAAGGGCCGUGAAUGUUCCCGUAAAACCUGCGUCAUCAUCAUCAUCAUCAUCCUCAUCAGUAAUGACAGCUGAUAUACUUCAAGAGACUCAGAACUCAACACUAUGUUCGUCACAGCAACGGCAACACGGAGACUCUGUGACCGGUUCUUUUACUUCCGUGACUUGUACAGUUCGUACGCAAGAAUAAAGAAAGGGGCAAAAAAAAAAAAAAACCUGAUAAGCAUUUCUUAUUUGUUUUAGCACAAGAUGUGAACAUGUGAUUAGGAUUACAGAGACCGAUGGUUGUUAAACUCACCUCCCAGACCUGGUGAAAGGAGCUGAAAACCCGAGAACUACAAUGAAACAAAAAAGUGCCUUAGACUGAACUUGUAAGCUUUUUAACAAUGUGAUCGCGGUACGUCUGUAUACACGUGCCAGAAGCUAAGCUAUACUCCGACACUUUGCUGCAACAACACCGGCGACCCUGAAAUAAAAAGUAAUUCUCCACCAACAACAGAAUAGUGACUGUCUUUACUGAUUUUGUACAAAGAAAUAUGUACGAGUUCACAGUAACGGCCACAGAGACUCACUUACAUUUAAUUUU